UUCUUUUGAAUCUUUCAACAGUGUUUAAAAUGAAGAAGUUCAAUUUCCGAAAAGUUUUGGAUGGCUUAACUGCCUCCUCUCCUGGCAGUGGCAGCAGCAGUGGCAGUAACAGCGGCGGGGCUGGAAGUGGUCCCUUGCAUCCAGGAGGGCCUGCAGGAGUUCUCAGAGAGGAAAUUCAGGAAACCCUAACUUCAGAGUAUUUCCAGAUUUGCAAGACAGUUCGGCAUGGUUUUCCUUACCAGCCUACAGCUUUAGCCUUUGAUCCAGUUCAGAAAAUCUUGGCUAUUGGGACAAGAACAGGUGCUAUACGGAUACUUGGGAGACCUGGUGUUGAUUGUUACUGCCAACAUGAAAGUGGUGCAGCUGUCUUGCAGCUCCAAUUCUUGGUUAAUGAGGGUGCUUUGGUUAGUGCAAGUUCAGAUGAUACCCUUCAUUUGUGGAACCUUAGACAAAAAAGGCCAGCUGUUCUUCAUUCUCUUAAAUUUAACCGAGAACGAAUUACUUACUGUCAUCUACCUUUCCAGAGUAAAUGGCUCUAUGUUGGAACAGAGAGAGGGAAUACACAUAUUGUAAAUAUUGAAUCUUUCAUUCUUUCCGGAUAUGUUAUCAUGUGGAAUAAAGCAAUUGAACUGUCCACCAAGACUCAUCCAGGUCCAGUAGUACAUUUAAGUGAUAGUCCAAGAGAUGAAGGGAAACUGCUAAUAGGUUAUGAAAAUGGUACUGUAGUAUUCUGGGACUUGAAAUCUAAAAGAGCGGAACUGAGAGUUUAUUAUGAUGAGGCUAUUCAUUCAAUUAAUUGGCAUCAUGAAGGCAAACAGUUCAUGUGCAGCCAUUCAGAUGGUAGCUUGACUUUAUGGAACCUGAAAAGCCCGAGCCGCCCUUUCCAGACCACAAUUCCGCAUGGAAAAAGUCAAAGAGAAGGAAGAAAAUCUGAAUCUUGUAAACCAAUUCUUAAAGUAGAGUACAAGACCUGCAGAAACAGUGAACCAUUCAUAAUAUUUUCUGGUGGACUGUCCUAUGACAAGGCCUGCAGAAGACCAAGUUUAACCAUUAUGCAUGGAAAAGCAAUUACAGUACUUGAAAUGGAUCAUCCUAUUGUUGAAUUUCUAACUUUAUGUGAAACACCCUAUCCAAAUGAAUUUCAAGAACCUUAUGCUGUUGCAGUACUACUGGAGAAAGAUCUCAUUGUAGUUGACCUGACACAGAGCAAUUUUCCAAUCUUUGAAAAUCCAUAUCCCAUGGACAUUCAUGAAUCACCAGUUACAUGCACAGCAUAUUUUGCCGACUGCCCUCCAGAUUUGAUUCUAGUACUCUAUUCUAUAGGAGUCAAGCAUAAAAAACAAGGAUACAGUAAUAAGGAGUGGCCAGUCAGUGGAGGAGCUUGGAAUCUUGGAGCACAAACAUAUCCAGAAAUUAUUAUUACUGGUCAUGCAGAUGGAUCAGUAAAAUUUUGGGAUGCUUCUGCAAUAACUCUGCAGAUGCUGUAUAAGCUAAAAACUUCAAAAGUCUUUGAAAAACAAAAAGUGGGAGAAGGCAAACAGUCAUGUGAAAUUGUAGAAGAAGAUCCAUUUGCCAUUCAGAUGAUUUAUUGGUGUCCGGAGAGCAGAAUAUUUUGUGUAUCAGGAGUCUCUGCAUAUGUCAUUAUUUAUAAAUUCAGCAGACAUGAAAUUACAACAGAAAUAGUGUCAUUAGAGGUACGACUUCAGUAUGAUGUUGAAGAUAUUAUUACCCCUGAUCCAGAAACAAGUCCUCCGUUUCCAGAUCUCUCAUCCCAGCUUCCUUCUUCAAGGAGUCUUUCCGGAAGCACUAACACUGUGGCUAGUGAAGGAAUAACAAAGGACAGUAUUCCAUGCCUGAAUGUUAAGACACGACCAGUGAAAAUGCCUCCAGGAUAUCAAGCAGAACUUGUUAUUCAGUUGGUAUGGGUAGAUGGUGAACCUCCUCAACAGAUUACCAGUCUUGCUGUAAGCUCAGCAUAUGGAAUAGUUGCAUUUGGAAACUGCAAUGGGUUGGCAGUGGUGGAUUUUAUACAGAAGACAGUACUGUUAAGCAUGGGGACUGUUGAUCUGUAUAGAUCAAGUGACUUAUACCAGCGACAGCCACGGUCUCCUAGAAAGAACAAGCAGUUCAUUGCAGACAACUUUUGCAUGCGUGGCCUGUCUAACUUUUAUCCUGAUUUAACGAAACGGAUCCGUACUUCCUAUCAGAGUUUGACUGAACUGAAUGACAGUCCAGUUCCCCUGGAACUUGAGCGCUGUAAAUCUCCCACCUCAGUCAAAGGAUCAAGAAAGUUAAGUCUGCCAACAGAUCUUAAGGCUGAUCUUGACCAUGUAAAUGGACACUGCACAAGUCCAACUUCUCAAAGUUGCGGAUCUGGAAAACGUCUUUCUAGUGCUGAUGUUUCAAAAGUAAAUCGCUGGGCUCCUGGAAGACCACCAUUUCGAAAGGCACAGUCAGCUGCUUGCAUGGAGAUUUCUUUACCAGUUACAGCAGAAGAAAACAGAGAGAAUUCCUAUAAUCGUUCUAGAAGCUCUAGUAUCUCCAGUAUUGACAAAGAUUCAAAAGAAGCAAUUACAGCAUUAUACUUUAUGGCAUCCUUUGCACGGAAAAAUGACUCUGCCAUCUCCCCUUGUCUGUUUGUUGGAACUAGUCUUGGAAUGGUGUUGAUCAUUUCCCUAAACCUACCAAUAUCAGAUGAACAGAGGUUUACAGAACCAGUCAUGGUACUGCCAAGUGGUACAUUCCUGUCAUUGAAAGGAGCUGUACUAACUUUUUCUUGUAUGGACCGAACUGGUGGUUUAAUGCAACCACCAUACGAAGUUUGGAGGGAUCCAAACAGUACAGAUGAAAAUGAAAAAUCUUGGAGAAGGAAAUUGAUCAUGAAUCCUUCAUCUUCAUCCCAAGAAAUAGGAGAUCAUCAUUAUACAAUAAUCUGUUCAGAAAAACAAGCCAAAGUCUUCUCAUUGCCUUCUCAGACCUGCCUUUAUGUUCAUAACAUCACUGAGACAUCUUUUAUACUGCAAGCCAAUGUGGUGGUCAUGUGUAACAGUGCCUGCUUGGCAUGCUUUUGUGCUAAUGGGCACAUCAUGAUAAUGAGCCUACCUAGUCUUCGUCCAAUGUUGGAUGUUAAUUAUUUGCCACUGACAGACAUGAGGAUAGCACGGACAUUUUGUUUUACCAAUGAAGGACAGGCAUUAUACCUGGUCUCUCCUACUGAAAUUCAACGGUUGACCUACAGCCAAGAAAUGUGUGAUAAUUUACAGGACAUGCUAGGAGAUUUGUUCACCCCCAUAGAGACACCAGAAGCUCAAAAUAGAGGAUUUCUGAAGGGACUUUUUGGUGGAAGUGGACAAACAUUUGACAGAGAAGAGCUAUUUGGGGAAGCCACAGCAGGAAAAGCGUCCCGCAGCCUUGCACAGCACAUCCCUGGACCAGGCAGUAUAGAAGGAAUGAAAGGUGCUGCUGGAGGGGUGAUGGGGGAGCUGACCCGAGCCCGGAUUGCACUAGACGAGAGAGGACAGAGGUUGGGAGAGCUGGAAGAGAAGACUGCAGGCAUGAUGACCAGUGCAGAAGCGUUUUCCAAACACGCACAUGAGUUAAUGCUGAAAUAUAAGGAUAAGAAAUGGUACCAAUUCUAAACUUCUAAGGAAGCUGUGACUGCUUUGAGAAACCAUUAUUCAGGGAGACCAAAUUUAUUCCCAGCAUCACUAUUCAACUACUAGAAGUCAGUUUCUUCUACAGAAUGUUCCAUUACAGUCCACUGAAGUUAUUGUAAAGGAGACUUAUCAAAGACAAUGUACAACCCAAAGGCUGGAACCUGGUUAAAACCCAAGGUAAUGGCUGAAUAUGCCUGUUCCCAUGUGGAAUGGAGCUAUCCUCUUAGCAUGUGAUUUGCUAAAGAUUUACAUUUAGAAACUAUGGGGAGUCCUUUUGAUUUGAAAUUCCUGUACAAACAAAAGCAUUAAUGCACUUAAUGAAAAAAUCUUUGCAUGAUAAAUUAACAUCUUAAGAGGAAAAGAAAAAAAGCAUGUGUGACAGAAGAAAAAGAUUUAUGAUAAACUAUUUUUAUAAAUUGGGCCACACCCAACAAUUUAAAAAAAUCUGCAUUAGAAGAUAUCAAUGCAUCUCAAAUAUAUUUCCCACACCCAAUGAAAAACAAACAAAAACCCAGAGUUUUCUUCUCAUCUGUACAUUAUUAUACUUAGAAUACUGAAUUCUUAAAAGAAGAGCUUGAUUAAUGUUCUUCUCUCUCCAUUGUAUUUUACACCAUUCACAGUUCUCAGUCAUAAUCAAGUAUUGCUAGUACAGUAAAUUAUUCCCAGCACAGUUAUUGCCAUUUCUAUCACCUUCAGAAUGGGUUGCUAUUUUUAGUCACUAAAUCAUACAGGGUUGGAUCUCCUUAAAGCAUUUUUUUCAGCCUGGUUUGUACUCAGCAAGGGAAUUGGCUAUAGGUUUGGGGAACUCGACUCUUAGAACAAGGCAGAUAGCUUUGAGAACUAAUUUCACAAAGAGUGAAAUUUCACAUAUCCCAGUUUCGGUUUCUAAAAUGAUAUAUUUUUAAAGCUCCAUUUGUAUCCAUGUGUGUCAGUUACACAGUAUAUUACUGUUCAAACCCAGUAGGGUCUACAAUCCCAAGGUGCUUUUGCAGCCUGACAUUCACAGACCAAACUGGUCAUUCUCUUUAGCAUGAUUCAGUAAAACCUCAGUUAAUGUAUUGGGAAAUUAAUUCUGAUUUAUUACAUUUCUGAUUAACAAGGGCUUUUACUAGAAAAUACUUUUUAGUUUAGUAUUCAAUAGAAAAUAUUCAUAAAAUGUGGUUUUGCUGUCUUGGCUUCACUCAUCAUUAUGAACAACCAAAGUACAUAGAGUUUUUAUGACAAAAAAAUCAAUAAUUUUGUCAUUAAUCAAGUCAACUAAUAUAAGCUACAAAAUUAUAUCAGUAAAUACCAAAUUCAUAUCCCUUACUUAAAAUUCAAGUAUAGAGCACCCCACAAGAUAAAAGUUAUCCAUUUGUUACAAUGGAUAACUUUUCUGUUACGAAAAGUACUAGAGCUUGAAUAAAAGACAACUACUAGUACUAUUUAACAUGAUUCUGGAAGUCAGAAUGCAAAGGAAAGCAUAUAUGUACUUUAGGACCCAUCUAAUAUGCUGUUCCUUCAGAAACAAUCUUUUUUUAAUGUUACAGGUUUGACGUACUGAAUUUUGAUGAAUCAAGGUCUUACUGGAUUUACAUUUGAGUUUCUUAAGAAUUUGUACAGUCUGGGUUAUUUUCAUAGACAAAAUUUUUGUUUGUUU